AUGCUGAACUUGCUGCAGUUAGAAACGACAAAAAGCUUUACGAUAAUAUGUGGAGAAGUCUGUUAGUUGCAGCUUUGCUGUUACUAGGGGUACAAGCAGAGGAGGAUGACGUUGGGUGCAUACUGACUGCUGACCAGUGUGAAGCCAUUCAGAAGGUGUUGUAUGCACCAGAGUGCAUGUGUGUCUGCCCAGAUAUGCCCUGCGUUGGGUUUGGGAUGGUGAAUAACGACUCUUGCACAUGUGAGUGUGGUGCUGAAUCAGAGACCAAUGCCCAGUGUACUGCCGAGCAAGUGUUUGACACAGAAAACUGCGUAUGUGUAUGUGAGACAGUGGAAGACUGUCCUUCCGGACAAACUUUCCUUACGGACACUUGUUCUUGCGGCUGCUCCACGGCGUGUGUGGCCCCGCUGACUGAACAAAACGAAGACACCUGUGUCUGUCAGUGUCCCCGUGCACUCAGUAAUGCAUGCAACUCCCCAGCGGUUUUUAAUCCAACUACCUGUCAGUGUGACUGCACUCUUGAGUGUGCCGAAGGAAUUACUCUUGAUCCAGAGUCCUGCUCGUGUGACUGCAGCGUACUCUCACCCUGCCCACCAAUGUUGUCCUUUGACGCCUCGUGCAACUGUGAAUGUAUCCCAAUGACAUCGUGUCCUCUGGGGCUGGAACUAGAUUCCAACUGCACGUGUGCUUGCCCCGAAUCCCUCUCCCAGUGUGAGCCUGGGCAGGAGAGAAACCCAAUUGACUGCGAAUGUGGGUGUCCUACCUCCCUCUGCAACGAGAACGAGGUGCAAGAUGAGUCAACCUGCGAAUGUGCGUGUCUCAUAACAGAGUGUGGCGAGUUUGAGGUCCUAGAUACAGACAACUGUGAGUGCCAGUGCAUUCUCACUCCAGAAGACUGUGGUGAGCUUCAGACGUUCAACGAGGAGACCUGCCAGUGUAAAUGUCUGUAUGUGGAGGAGGACGAGUGUGAGUGUGAGGAAGUAGAGGACUCGAGUCCACGGACCAACACUCGGUCGACCACCGGAACUCGCACAACCUCCCGCAGCAGACGCUCACACAGUACACGGACCACAGGGUCAGGGUCUCGAUCGUGCACUUGUGGGGGUACAGGGAGAUCAAAAAGAAUGACUGGAAUGACAGGUCAUACUGGUACGACUGGUCAUACUGGGACAACCGGUCAUACUGGGACGACCGGUCAUACAGGAACAACUGGGCGGACAGGCACUACUGGGCGCACAAACACCAGAGGAACUAGUAGGACACAAGAACCUCUACCCGAUCCCCCAGUGUGUCCUGAAGGAGAAGAAUUUGAUAUGACAGUGUGUGCUUGUGCAGUUCCAGAGUAACUGUGUACAUAGUUGUACUAUAGGUGGACGUAUGUAUAAUACAUGCUUCCUAUGUUGUUAUCUGAAUGUGUGCCUGUUAUCCAUCCAACAUAUCAUUAUUUGCCACAUUCUGUGCGAAAAUAGCCUGCAUACCUUCUUAAGAGCAGCAGUGUAAAUCUCGCAUGAGACUAUCUCCCGCACCCCUUUCGUAUAUGGACCAUCAUCCACUUAACUCUGUGUCAACAGUCUCGGUUUCCCACAUACCAAAAUUUAUGGUUGGUUGAUUGUGCUGUAUUUGGAAGACGAGGUAUGCCUGGA